AUGAUUCACAUGGAGAGAAGAGAGAAGAAGUUGAAACGGCUAUGGCGGCUGCAGCGGCGGAGGACAGACACACAAAAUAGAUCAUGGGAAGGAAACUCGUACGCCUGGACUUUUCUAGAUGUACGCCGCACAGUCAAGAAUGAUCAUCGUGUGAAAACAAAGAUCUGGGAAGACAUGCACAGGGCGUACGAUGGAGCGAAUGAAGUCCGCGAUCAUACCGAUCGUGUGGGCUUUGACCGGCUUUGCAGGCUUCUCUCUCCAACUGCUUUGUGCCAAUGCCCGAUGCGCCAAGCCCGGUUGGCUCGCCCUGCCCAUAUUCCCAUCAACGGGAUUGGGAAAUCUUCCGGAUCGCCGGGUGAGGUUGUACAUUACAUGCACGUGAUGAAUGUAUCGCAUGGCGAAUUUUACUUGCUAGACACGCUAUGGGACGACGAUGGACUCGGUGACAUGGAUACUCUCGAUCUGGAUCGAUCCGCAAGACGGUGUCAUCGUCAUUGUCAUUCUCAUUAUAGGACGAUGUCGGUCGAAAGGCCCCGAUCGUUUACGGAAGUGAUGACAUGGAUGUACGCAGGUUUAGCUGCGGUCCCGUGAGCCUGAUACUUACAGUGAUUAGAUUUUGUGUCAAGUGCAUGCAGCGGCUGACGAUAAUGACUGUGAUGACCUCGUGAUGAUUAAGGUUCCCCCGCCGAGACGAGAGAGUGAAACGGAAAACAGCUGGAGGCCAGUGUGUUUACCCCAGAUCCAUGGCGGAGAACAACCACAUGCGAUGGCAUUGUGAGAGAGUACUGUACCACUUGAGACAUUCUGGAUCGACCACCGGCACACAUUGCGAGUCUAUCACAAGCACCGACAAGCAUCACAAGCGACCAUAAGAACAACAGUCAUAACAAUGCACCUGCACCGG